GGCGUCUCCAGGCUCCUCCGUGACCCGGCGGGUCCGGGUGCGGGCGCCGAGAUGCGAGGCCUGUUCGGCCUCUUGCUGGUCUUCGCCGGCUGCACCUUCGCCCUGUACUUGCUGUCGACGCGACUGCCCCGCGGGCCGACACUGGGCUCCGGGGAGGAGACUGGAGGCAGGUCACUGUGGUUCCCCUCAGACCUGGCCGAGCUGCGGGAGCUCUCCGAGGUCCUUCGAGAGUACCGGAAGGAGCACCAGGCCUAUGUGUUCCUGCUCUUCUGCAGUGCCUACCUCUACAAACAGGGCUUUGCCAUCCCUGGCUCCAGCUUCCUGAAUGUUUUAGCUGGUGCUUUGUUUGGGCCAUGGCUGGGCCUCCUGCUGUGCUGUGUGCUGACAUCGGUGGGUGCCACAUGCUGCUACCUGCUCUCCAGUAUUUUUGGCAAACAGCUGGUGGUCUCCUACUUUCCUGAUAAAGUGGCCCUCCUGCAGAGGAAGGUGGAGGAGAACAGAAACAGCUUGUUUUUUUUCUUACUGUUUUUGAGACUUUUCCCCAUGACGCCAAACUGGUUCUUGAACCUCUCAGCCCCGAUUCUGAACAUCCCCAUUGUGCAGUUCUUCUUCUCUGUUCUUAUUGGUUUGAUCCCAUACAAUUUCAUCUGUGUGCAGACAGGCUCCAUCUUGUCAACACUUACCUCUCUGGAUGCUCUUUUCUCCUGGGGAACUGUCUUGAAGCUGUUGGCCAUUGCCCUGGUGGCCUUAGUGCCUGGAACCCUCAUUAAAAAAUUGAGUCAGAAAGACCUGCAUUUGAAGGAAACAAGCAAUGCUAAUCAUCUAAAUAGUAGAAAGGACACGUGAUCUGGAUUUUUUUGGUUGCCACGUCCCUGGACUCUGUUGCCUAUUUGUGUAAUGAGUGUGGUCCUCUAAAGCCCCUCAUUGUUUUUUAAAUAUUCUCAACAGGUGAUUUGGGCAUUAUUCAUCUGUGUGCAGUGUCCUGUCAUAAAGGAUACUCUGCUCUAGAAGAUGAAUUAUAUCAGGUUCUCAAACCAGUCCUGAUUUAGGAGGAUACUCUGCAAAAUGGAUGGCCUUCUAGAAAUCCUGUUUAUAUUUUAUCGAAUAACGAGGAACUCAGGAGAGUCUGUUGUAUUUGCCUCUCACCAAGCCCUGAGCUGCCUCAGGAGAGGAUGCUGAUUGUCCUUGUCCAGAAUGCCACAUCUGCAAAUGAGAGGCUGUUGUGACAGGUGUUCUCCUCUUAAGUCCCUGGUGGAUGUUAGUAGUGUAAAUGAUGACAUGUGAACCCACAUCACUGACAUCACUCUUCAUCUUGUUAGUCUCUUGAAGAGUGUUUCUUUGUACUUUUUUGCUGAUGACCUACCUCUUUCGUAAACCAAGGGGAACAAGUGAUGCACUGCAUAGAACUUUCACGUACAGCUCAAAUGCACAGUGACUUCUGUGAUGCUCUUUUUGUUCAGACACACUGAUGUUACUGUAUAUGUCAAAUCGCCUUUUUUGCAUGUCCUGACAAUUAAGCUGAUUGCAAACAGACUAUUAAAUAUGAAUGGAGAAAACUGUAUGUUAUGGAUAUGUUCUGGAGAAAUUCUUACCCAUCUGGACAGGGCAGGGCCAGGCCCUUGACUCACCUGAACCAAAUGACCAUCAGUACAUUUUCUGAUCUGUCUUUUCUGUGUGGGAAUCCCUUCUCUGUCUUCCUGCUAGGAGAAUGGAUUCAGUACACUCGGGUAUCAGCCAGUGUACCCUCUGAAUGUUUUUUUCAUUUUGUCAUUUGCUGAGAAUAACUGAGGAAUAAUUCUAUUUUAUCUUUUAAUUUAAAGAGGAAAACUUGGUAUUUGGAUUACUUUGUUGUAUUGUAUUUUAAUUAUCUGUAGCCAUCAUUGCUUCCUACAGCUGAAUUGGCACAGACCUGGGUUAGUGAUUCCAAGGACAGAAGGACCUUGGCACUUAAACUGACCAGCUCUGGGAUCCUGUACCCUACAGAGUAACACAUUGUUUCGUACCAGAACUGUUGCCCUGGGGCAUUAUCUGCUGGGUUUUUGAUUUGGCUUGGCCAAGAGUCUUGCCAAGGCAUUAAUGUAGGACACUUGUUCUACAUGAAUUCUUGGGAAUACUCAUGUUCAGUUGAAAGAGUGAAUUCCCAGUGUUUUUUGGACUGAUCCAAAAAACACAACAAGGAUUCAUUUUUAAAGAUGUAUUGCUUGAGGGCCGGCCCCGUGGCUUAGCAGUUAAGUGCGCGUGCUCCGCUGCUGGCGGUCUGGGUUCAGAUGCCGGGUGUGCACCGACGUACCGCUUCUCCCGCCAUGCUGAGGCUGCGUCCCACGUACAGCAACUAGAAGGAUGUUAAACUAUGAUGUACAACUACCUACUGGGGCUUUGGGGGAAAAUAAAUAAAUAAAAAUUAUAAAAAAAAAAAAGAUGUAUUACUUGAAAAGAAGCUUGAUUACAGAGUAGGGGUAAGGAGGAGGCCAACUGUACUUUGAAAUUCACGGCCCUCUGUGUUCUGGAGUAGGAGGAGGGAAGGUGACACAGAGAAACUUUCUACACUAUUGCAAGUGUGUGCCCUUUGCCCUCUAUCAGGGUCCUUAGAUUUAUCUCUCCCUCCUCCCUCACAAUUUUGCAACAACGUGCCUUAUCAGUUGUGAGUUUACAGGCAAAACAGGUUCCCAAAUAAAUGGAUAUAAAUGUUC